AUGGACAAUGUCACAGGUGGCAUGGAGACAUCUCACCAAACCUAUGACGACAAGCUCACAGCAGUAGAAAGUGACCUGAAAAAAUUAGGGGACCAAACUGAGAAGAAAGCUAUAAGCACUAACUCAGAGCUCUCCACCUUCAGAUCAGACAUUCUGGAUCUUCGACAGCAACUUCGUGAGAUCACAGAAAAGACCAGCAAGAACAAAGAUACACUGGAGAAGUUACAGGUGAGUGGGGAUGUACUGGUGGACAGGCAGAGUCAACUAAAAGAAACUUUGGAGAAUAACACUCUCCUCGUCACCACUGUAAACAAGACCCUGCAGGCGUGUAAUGGCUAUGUCACAAAUCUGCAGCAAGAUACCAGCAUGCUGCAGGGCAACCUGCAGAGCCAAAUGUAUUCUCAUAAUGUGGUCAUUAUGAACCUCAACAACCUGAACCUGACCCAGGCGCAGCAGAGGAACCUCAUCACUACUCUGCAGCGGUCUGUGGAUGACACAAGCCAGGCUAUCCAGCGAAUCAAGAACGACUUCCAAAAUCUGCAGCAGGUUUUCCUUCAAGCCAAGAAGGACACUGAUUGGCUGAAGGAGAAAGUGCAGAGCUUGCAGACACUGGCUGCCAAUAACUCUGCCUUGGCCAAAGCCAACAACGACACCCUGGAGGAUAUGAACAGCCAGCUCAACUCAUUCACAGGUCAGAUGGACAACAUCACCACGGCCUCACAAGCCAACGAGCAGAACCUGAAAGACCUGCAGGACGUACACAAGGAUGCAGAGAACAGAAUGGCCAUCAAGUUCAGCCAGCUGGAGGAACGCUUCCAGCUCUUUGAGACGGAUAUUGUGAACAUCAUUAGCAACCUCAGUUACACAGCCCACCACCUUCGGACGCUGACCAGCAAUCUAAAUGAAGUCAGGACCACUUGCACAGAUAUGCUGACCAAACACACGGGUGAUCUGACAUCCUUGAAUAAUACACUGGCCAACACCCGUUUGGAUUCUCUUUCUCUCAGGGUGCAACAGGAUAUGAUGAGGUUGAGGUUAGACACAUGUCUGUGGACAGAGAGCUUUUGUGGCUUUCCAGAAGCCUGA